UUUUUCUCAGAAAUGUUACUAUUGUGACGCUUUUUCCUCAAUAUAGCUAAAAAAUACAAUUCUAUUAACGCGAUUUUCGAAAGCAAAAUAAAAUAGAAAUUAUAUCACCAGAUUUUCGUGGUACAACAAUGGCAGCCAGGGUUGCGAUUGGAAAUUACCCAGCGACUAGAACACCGCUGCUAUUUCAGCAUUUCCGAUCAUCUGUUGAACCCGCCGGACGGAGUUAUAGGUUUCCGUUAUUCGGGCCGUUAGCCUCCUUCUCGUCUGCCUCUCAGCCGAAGAAGCUGGUACUUUACUCAAAGCCCGGAUGCUGUUUGUGCGAUGGCCUGAAAGAGAAACUCGACACGGUUUUUUCUUCUUCCGGCCCGAAUUACGUCGGCGACGUCCAGUUGGAGAUUAGAGACAUUACAAGUAAUCCCGAAUGGGAGCGGCUUUACCAAUACGAGAUACCCGUGUUAACCAGAGUUAGAGAAGAUGGUACUGAGGAGAUUCUUCCGAGAUUUUCUCCACGCGCUGCAGUAGAGCUUGUCCAAAAGAAGAUAGCGGCAGCUUUCAGUUAAUGAAUUUUGCUGUAUUUGUACGAGACAUGUAUUAGACUGAUGAGUUUCUUCUUCCGAAAGUAUUGGUUCAAAUACCCCAACUGAAGAACAGAGGCUGAAAUACACAGACCAAGCGACCCAAUACUAUAAUGCGCGACUCUAGCAUUCGUUUUCAAGUUCACGAGAGUCAUGUCCAUUUGCCUGCGGAAAAAAGAUCGUUUGUCAAUACUUCUCAAACAAUAUUAUAACCAAAGGUACUCGAUAUUUGAUUCAUAUGAAUCUUGAAUUUUACCUAUGCAUCAUAGAAAUCAUAUUCUGAUGAAUGGUUUCACAGCUUCUUCAAGCUUUCUAAUCUCUAGAUCCAAACCNAAAUAAUAUAUAUAUAUAUAUA